UCAGUCAGGCUUGCAGGGGCAGCGAGUGGCAGCGCGUCACCACCAUUCAGCGUUGUCUGACGUGCCCAGUAGCUGAUGUCUUGGCUGCUGGGUUUGUGCACGCGUGUGUGUGUGUACACACGUGUGUUGGGGGAGGUGUUGCUCUGUGUGCAGAGCAGCUUUUAUGACCCUUCCUUCCGAAUCGCCCGCAGUGGCCCAGCUCCUCCGCACCGGGGGACCUGUUCAGUGCGUGAUUCCCAGCCAGAUGUUCCCUGUGCUCGCUGGAACAAUGGGGCCCCUGCAUCCCCCUUCCUCUCACCACCUUGCUUCCUGCUCCUUUGAGGGAGCGGACAGAGUGAUCCACCAGGGGUGCCCCAUGGACCAACUUCCUGUUUCCGAGCAGCUGCUGGGGUGCUGCGACUCGGGCUCCUGGGAUCCGCCCUCCAGCUUGGCCACAAGCUGAUGCCCCUGAUCUGAGGCCUCCAAGGAGUGCCGGCCUAGCUGGCAUCAGGCCAGGGUGCAGAGACUCUUCUGGCUCUAGAGAAACCUGCACGAGCCAGUCUCGUCUCGGGGCUGGGUGAGACGACUCCCCUGGGCCCUGCCCAGCCAGCUGCGCCUUGUUGCAGCGCUCUCACACUGUGAGGUCCCUUGGCCGCAUCGCCUGCUUUCGUUGCCCUGCUUGUGGGCUGCUGGGCCCAGACAGUGCCUGGCCAGACAGAGGUGCGCCGGGAGCCUUGCUGCAGGAGUCUCCGGGGCCUGGCUUUGUAUGUGUUGUACCCUUCCCUGUGGAGCUCCUGGCAGCUACACCCAUAGUGAUGUGAGUGCCCAGGCAGAGAGGCCGGAGGGAGGUCCUGUCCCUCUCCUGGAUGCGAGGGUGGGUCUCUCCCACAGCCCCUGAUGGCUCUGUCUGUCUCACUCAGAUGUCGUGCCCAGAAGAGGUGGUUGCCUUGGCAGACGAGGAGCUGCUCAGCUUCCUCCUGGAAGAUGAUGCUCCCUGUGCAGAGUUCUCGGGGGACAAAGCCAACCUGCCGGGAGACUGGGGUCUGCUGGAGCCCGAGCUCCUGAAUGACAAGGAAGUGGAGGACUUUCUCAGCUCCCUGCUGAGCCCCUUUGUAGAGGGGCCGAGUGCCUUGCAGGGUCACUCGCCUCUCGACAGCGAUAGCGGCAUCUCCGAGGACCAGAAUCCCUUCCCCAGCCCCAGCAGCUGGGAUGCGUCUCCGGCCAGGGACCUCGCCUCCAGCCCUUUGAGCUCUGACAUCGUGCAGGUCGAACACAGCUACUCCCUCCAUCAGGACAGAGCGGCGCUGGAGAGCGUGAGAGCUGAGACCGCAGAAGGAGACAUCUCCAUUGACCUGGAUAUGUGGGGGGACUCGGGAAGUGCAGAGGAGACGCUGAUCGACGAGCAGAGUUCCAGCUUCCCAGUUGCUGUGCCCAUGGAUGACUUCAUGCCUGGGACCCCCAUACAGUUUGAUUUCCCGGAACUGAUCCUGACAGAAGAGGAGAAGCAGCUUCUGGAAAGAGAGGGUGUCUCCUUGCCGUCCCACCUGCCCCUGACCAAGGCUGAGGAGCGGCUCCUGAAGAGAAUCCGUCGCAAGAUCCGGAACAAGCAGUCGGCCCUGGACAGUCGGCGCAGGAAGAAGGUCUAUGUGGAUGGCUUGGAGAGCAGGGUCGUCACCUGCACGGCGCAGAACCACGAGCUGCAGAAGAAGGUGCAGCUGCUGCAGAAGGAGAACAUGUCAUUGCUCGAGCAGCUACGGAGGCUCCAGGCCCUGGUGAGACAGUCGUCGACCAAAACUACCACCGCCAGCACCUGCGUCAUGGUCCUGCUCCUGUCCUUCUGCCUCAUUCUCUCGCCCAGUCUCUACCCGCUGGGAGCCAGAGUACAGCAGGAGGGGUUCCGAGGAGUGCUGUCUCGGCAGAUCCGUGAGUACCCGAGUGAUGCGGCCCAGUUUCAGCCAGCAGCUGCCCAGCAGGUGGAGGGGCCUGAAACACAGAGGGAGCGCACAAUGGAGGGACUGGCGCUGGAAUCUGAGACGGCCCUGCUGCCGGGCAGCCUCAAUCACUCCCGGGACGGGGGACAGAGCCCACCCAAAGCGGAGCAUGGCUCUGCCAUCAACAGCAACUCCUCCUCCGACCCUCCGCCAGGAGCCAGCUCUGAGCUGGGUCCCCCACAGCAGCAGCCAGAGCAGCUUCCCGGGAAGGGCCCCCUGCACUCUGCGGAGCUGGCAGCCUGGGGGACUAAGAAGCAGGAGUGGGUGGAGCGCACCACCAGCGUCGUGAUCCAGCAGCACCGUGCAGAUGAGAUGUGAGCGCCGGGCGCCUCGCGCUGCCUGGCUGUGAACGUGCUGGCGUCUGGGGCUCUGCCAGGACAGCUCCGACUGAUCCUUAUUGACACAAAUGCUUCUAAACGCCCCUGAGCAGAUUGUCUCCCCACCCGCCACACCUGAACUGGGGGUCAACUGGGCUCAGGGGUAGCUGCAGCGUGGAGGUGGGCACAGCAUGGAGAGUUGAUGCCCUGCAACCCCUUCCCUCUCCAGCUCAAGCGCCUGUGUUAUUUAGUUCCCUGCAGCUGGACUGAGUGGGAAAACACUGAUUGGGCCGGGCCCCUGGGUCCGGGUGCCCUUAGCAAGUCCCGCAGCUCCAAGCGACCUGUCCCCUCCAGCAACACAAUGAUUCCCCAUCCCUCAGCUGGGCACGCCAAGCCCCUAUGCCCCGGGCUGCCGGCUGGAUGUGGUUCUAAACUUCUCUCAUCGACUUCCCUGCUGCUGGUCUUGGCGAGGCUGGGGGCAGCUGCAGGCAGAGGGUCCCUGCCCAGUGCUAUGUGCUGCCUUCCUGCUGGACCAGGGGGUGCUGGUCAUGAUCCCACGGAGGGGAGGGCGCUGCACUACUGUAGCGGUGGAGAUGCGGAGCCCCCUGCGGGUUAGCCUCUGUACCAGGGCUGGUGGGGCUUGGGGCCCAUGGCAAUGGGGAGGGCCAGGUCAGCU